AUGGCUCAACCCGCUCCCCCACAUGAACGCUUUGCAUCGCUGCCAAAGUUUUCUUUCGAUAUCCAUGAUAGCCUUCGCGAAUGGAGUGUAUCGGUCCAGCAAUGGCUCACUACAAACAAAAUGAAACUUGAAGAACGCCAGAUCAACUUAGAUAAGUUGGCAACGGGCUGUAUCGUAUUUAAUCCUGAAGGCAAGGUGCUCCUCAUACAGCGCGCCAGCCACGAUUCUUUGCCGAACAGAUGGGAGAUACCCGGCGGCGCUGUUGAAAACGAUGACUCCACCAUUUUGUACGGUGCUGCCCGGGAAAUGUGGGAGGAGUCGGGGCUUGUUGCAAAGCGUUUCGUUCGGCUUGUUACAGAGGGACCAGGGGGAAGGGAUCUACAAGUGUUCCCAAACAGUACGAAAACACUAUGGCUUUGUCGGUUUUCAUUCGAUAUCGAGGUCCAAAGUACCAGUCAUGUUAAGUUGGAUCCGGCUGAGCACCAGGAUUUUGUGUGGGCUUCGGAGGAUGAAAUCAGGGUGCAGAAAAUUGGCGACCGAGAUAUAUCGAUUACAAACAACGCUAUGCGGUCUGUUAUACUGGAAUCGUUCCGGCUGAGAAAUGAAGAACAGCUUGAUGCCUACAAAGGACGUCCAUAG